CAAGCAAAACAGCAACAAGAAGAUUUUUAAUAGAUUAAGUAUAAACAGACUCGGGAAUUCAAAUACAAAUUCAUGUUUGAGAACCAAUGGACAAGAAGAUGGACAUCCUUUUGCAGGUACCUGCGGAUCGAGGUCGUGGCGGAAGGGAAGUGCAAAUGACGAGUUGACGAUGAGCUUUUUCUGCGACCGAGAACAACUCGGAUAACGGCGUUGUGAUUUGAUCCGGCAGCGGUUGCACGACUGAUUCUUUUAACCGAUACCGAUCCGCAGUUCUCGUUAGAAGACUUCGACUAGCGCUUAGGAGAAGUUUCGUUGCCUGAGACUUUCUCGAAGACUGCUCGCGUUGCGCUGAUUAUUUCGGAUAACGACAGGCGCCCCUCUGCAGUUCACACCCUGACAGACAAGACGAAUCGGCACGACGACCCAGAGGCUUCGCGGCGACCUGGAAAAUAACGCUGGUUCACCUCCACAAUCCGACGCAGGAAAAAAAUAGCUCUUUCGUGCUAAACAUAUAAUCUCGAAAAGAAGGGCUGGUGGUCGCAUUUUUCUUACUCACCGGUAGUUAUCUGCCGCCACAAUCACAAUCUAUUCACCGGUAAACUCGACCUAACGAGCCGCCCUAGUUGUGGUACGGACGGGAGACUCGACGUCGACUCACGAGGAAGCGACACCGACAGUUCUAUUCUCGUUCUGACUAGAAGGGAGGGAUGAAGCUGAAACGGUUUUUAUUGCGGUACUACCCCUCUGGGGUUGUGCUGGAGUUUCAGAGACGGAGCGGCGAGGUGGAGACGAAGAGUAUUGAUCUGCUCAAUCUCACACCUGAGACGGACGUGGACGUGCUAAUAACCCAGAUAAUAUCCGAAGAGCCGUUGAUCACCGAGAGCAUUAAGGCAACUAAACGAGCAUCUUCGGCUGCAUCAUCCUUGGCAACUCUUCUUGCACUACAUCACGACUUCAUGAAUAGGUUUAGUAGUUUCUCUCAAUCUACCUAAGUACUAAAGGGGAGAAGUUCGUUGCCAAGGAUGCCAUCCAAGCUUCAAGGAUGCGAACGCGCUAGCUCUAAGAGUAAGCGGCCGGUUUUGAAGAAACUGAUACUGAAGCUUAUAGAUAAGCUGCAAGCGGACAGGGAAGCCGAUGGACGAUACUCCUUGUACAAUUACGAAUCUUAAAAAUAUUUCUGAUCCUUUUUCUCACAUGAUUUUCGGAAAUGAUGAAUAUCCAAUCUGAUGUUACUCACACCAUAAUUUCGGAAACGAAAAUACACUACAAUGAGAAAAUGAAUUAUAGGGAGAGCGAACCUCUAAUGCCGAGUUCUGCGAGCGCACAUUUUACCGCUUACAAAUGUAUGGCGGAAAACUUUGACUCUGCAAGAAAAAUCUUUAGCACAACAAGUGCUAGAAGAAAUAUAAAACGCCUAAAGUAAUCAAUCUAGGGUGAUAGAAAAUGAAUGUCUGAAUGCGUCAUUUUGAGGUUUAAAUCAGCUUUAUUUGCGUCACAGGAAAUUCCAUAUCGUUAAGAUAAUAUGAAGAGAGGGACAGAGUUCGUCCUGAGUUUUCCACUGUUCAUCUGUAUGUGCGUUCAACAAGAGCGGCAGCAAAUUUAUCACGGGGUCCUACGACAGGACGUGUAGGAUAUGGGACACCGUCUCUGGGGACGAGCAGUGCGUGCUUGACGGGCACAAAAAUGUAGUCUACGCCAUCGCGUUUAACAAUCCCUUUGGCGACAAAGUAGUCACGGGGUCCUUCGACAAGAGCGCGAAGAUAUGGUGCGCGAACACGGGAAAGCUGAUACACACGCUGAAAGGUAGUAGAGUACGAGUUUUGACUACAUUUUGGUGUGACAUGUAGAUGUACAAGAGGCAACUACUUCUGAGUAGUUGACCACGAAGUCAAGAGUAUGAUUGCAUGUGGGUCUUCAAGCACGAACCUGAUCAGGCACAAGAUGGAAUUGCAGGACUAGUUGUAAGUAAGUACUAUCAGUUCUAGAACAAGUACCCUAGUAUGAAUUACAUGAAUGUCUACUAUGCGUCGAAACACCAGGUCACCAAACGGAGAUUGUAUGUGUGGUAUUCAACCCACAAGGAACGCUCGUUGCUACAGGGAGUAUGGAUAAUACAGCAAAGUUGUGGGACGUAGAGACUGGUGCGUUAGUCUGUUCGCUCGACGGCCACAGCGCGGAGAUAGUCUCGCUCAAUUUCAACACUGAGUAUGGCUCAUUGUCUAAUUGUAAUUUUUGGAAGAGAAGUUUUUCUUGGUGGGCAGUCACUGAAUUGAAAAUGUCAUCACUUUGCAACUCGUUGGUGGAUUAAAAUUGCAUCUACUUAUACCUCAAUAGGUUCUCAGGUUUGGAAAAAAAGAAUUCAACGCCCCUUGCACCAGGACCGAUUGUUCGAUACAACAAGAUUAGGGCAAUUAGAAUUGCCACAAAGUACUUGCCAUACGUUACGACCGGUUGCGUGAUGUUGUACUUCAACGCGUCACGACCAGUAAGUAUUUAAAUAAAGUGUUGUUUUCAUUUUGUUGGGGAUAAGCUGCUGACCGGUUCUUUCGACAAUACAUCCAAAAUCUGGGAUUCAGCAUCGGGCCAAUGCAUCCAUACUUUAUCAGGACAUCACGGAGAAAUUAGCAGCACUCAGUUCGACUUUACAGGUACUAAGCUACAACUUCAAUUCGAUUGUGUCUUCACAGGAUGGUUGUACUAUUACUACUGUAUGAAAAAAGUGUCAGUAGUGAGUACUCGAUGGAAAUCGGAAUUGUAAUAUGUUGUUGGUACUAGAUUACUAAUCAUCUUCACGACGACGAAAGUUGAUUAUGCGGCCAAAAUAUAAAGCUUGACUCGCUGCUUGAUCUCAGGCGAUUAUUGCGUUACGGGUUCGAUCGACCGAUCCUGCAAGCUGUGGGAUACGAACAGCGGAGCCUGCAUCGAGACAUUGAUUAUGGAUACCCCUAAUCCAUCUCUGUGGAGGUCCCUUGACCAUCUGAAGAACUCUUGAGGGGGGGAUCUCCACAGUCGGCAUGAAUUCGGGAAAGCUCUAAAUUCAAAGGGCACAGCGAUGAAGUGCUUGAUGUCUGUUUCAAUAGUACUGGUAAUCGCCUUGCUUCUGCCUCCGCGGAUGCUACUGCGAGAAUCUACAACGUCAUGACAGGGACAUGCAUAUCCAUCCUCAUUGGGCACGAAGGUGAAAUAUCCAAGGUACUUUCUUGUAGUCUCUGUUUGUAGGUGUAGUUACGUCAACUCCCGUUUUUCGUUUAAUAGUUGUUGUAGUCCAGCACUUCUGAAGAUCCUACUAGAAUUCCUAGGAUGAGUCCUUAUCAAUUUGGAAAAAUAUUUACUGCUACAGACGAAUACUUCUGCCUCCCACCUUUUCAGGUGCAAUUCAGUCCUAGUGGCGCGAAAGCAAUCACAGCGGCAUCGGACAGAACAUGUCGAGUUUGGAACAUUGAGUCUGGGGAGUGCCUGCAAAUCCUCGAGGGGCACACGGACGAGAUAUUUUCAUGUGCUUUCAAUUUUAUGGAAGGAACUUAACCAACUAGAACUAGAUGAAGUACAUAUUGAACGAGAACUCCACAUUUUUGUCAGCAUGUGAUGCUGAAGUAGAUGGUACAAGUGAUUACAGAAGCGGAAUACUAGACAGUGGCAGCCAAUUAGAACCCACUCUAAUAUGCACGAAGGCGAUACGAUCAUCACGGGUUCGAAGGAUAAUACGUGUCGAAUCUGGAAGGCUAGUGCGAUCAUGGACAAAGACGUCAGUGUUGAAAACUAACGCUUGGUCGCAAGAUAGAUUUGGCGUCAUUAAUCCUUCGGGAGUGAAGAUGAUACAUCAAGUAAUUACUCCUUCGUGUAUAAGAAAAAAAACAAUCUCCAGUCGUUUUGCAAGAAGUAGUUCACCUCUUGUUCCGCAUCAGGUCUGAAAGAUCAUUGACUAUCUCUGAUUUUACUAAAUACAGACUUCUAGAAGUUCAACUUUAUUCGCCGAAUUAUACAAACUACAUCGACAGCGCGAUAACAUCAUUUUGCACGGUACAUUUACAUUGUCAUUGUUCUCAUACACCUUCGUGAGGAAACAAGACAGAGACGAUCUGCCGAUUUGAUUUUUUUAGCCUGAGUUGCCUUCUGGGCAUUGCUGUCUACGUUAAAGGGGCUGGAGCCUGCAUGCGAACC